UUUUUUGUGUUGUUAUUAUUGUCUUCUUUUGAGUUCUGAGCGCGGUGACUUGAUGCUUGACCUGGAGUCUAGAGAUCUAUCGAGAUCUAUUGAUCUACAUCUCUGCCUCUGUACACAUCUUUUGUAAUUGUUGACACUCCAGUUGACAAGCGCGUUCAGCUGUCUUAUCAGGUCUGUCACAGACAAUGAAUGGGCACAUUAUACCUGGAACAGGUAUUGCAGUUGAUUACUGGAAAAUACGCGGGGGCCCUGAGUCGUACAUUCAUUUCUUGACCCAUCUCCAUGGGGAUCAUAUUGUUGGUCUCACAUCUUCUUGGAAGCGGCCUAUCUACUGCUCUCAGUUCACGGCGGACAUGUUACACCUUUACUAUGGCAUCCCAUCCCACCUGAUCUCUGUCACACCUGUCGGACAAAGCAUACUAGUCAAAGACUCAUCAUCUAACGGGUUCACAGUGACAGCUAUUGAUGCUGACCACUGUCCUGGCUCUGUUAUGUUCUACUUUCAGGGGGACUUUGGUAACAUUCUCUAUACUGGAGAUUUCAGAGGGACGCCUGGUGUCUUAGAUGCGUGUCAACAUCUCGCUGGUAAAGUGGAUACUUUGUAUUUAGAUAACACUUACUCCAACCCCAGGUGUGUAUUUCCUUCAAGGGAAGAGUGCCGGCAAGAGUUGAUCAGAAUCGCAAAGAUGCACCCUGAUCAUGAUAUUAUUGUGGGUGCGCUGAGUCUUGGGAAGGAAAUGCUCCUGGCACAACUUGGAGUGGCUCUGGAUGAGACAGUCUAUGUUUCUGCCAAAUGCUUGCGGGUGGCACAGCUUAUCCUGGAGACUAAUGUGUUUGCCACAGCCGAAUUGCACGGCCAGCGGGGUAGGCUGAGGACUAUGCCUAUGCAUCAAGUCACACGCAAACUCAUACAAAGACUCAAUGAAACGACUCCCACUAUUGCUCUUCUACCAACGGCACUUUAUACAGGUUUGGACAUAUCGCCGUUUUGCCGAGAGCCGAAAGUGUUCAUUGUACCGUAUUCUGACCACAGCAGUUACCCAGAGCUCUGUCAGUUUGUGUCCACAGUGAAGCCAGUGGCGAUACAUCCUAUCGUGACGUCAGGACGAGGGCCGUUUGGGAUAGACAUUAGUGACAGAACAGACAUGGACUUGUACAAGCAGUAUCUAAGCAGACCCAAGGAAGCAACGUCAUUGUCAGAUAGGGUGCUGCAGUCAAACUCUGAAACCAUAGAGUCUUGUACUGGUGGUCAUGAAUCUUCCUUUACACAUCAAGCUCAAAGUAAAUCCGUCCUAGAUUCAGAUGUAGAUGGAAAAGAUAUUGAUAGGACAGGGUCACAAGGAAAACGAAGGAAAAAACUGAAGCAAAGAGUAGCAAAAAGGAAGGAGGCGAAAGGAGUCGUGUUUGGUGAUGUGGAGCAAGAGAGUGUUUCAACUGAUGAUCCAGAAGGGGAGGAGGAUGAUGGAAAUGUGUCUAAAGUGCGUAAGUGUUCCUCUUUGAGUUCGGUUUAUAGUAAUUGUGAGUCUGAGUUUGUGCCAGAGUCCCCAGUCUCAAUUGUGGCAGAUGUGUCGAUGAAUGUGCUAGCAGACAUUGGUAAACACAUAAAAGCAAAUGCUACUGCACCCCCUGAUACAGUAUUCAAUGAAACUGUUCAAGAGGAAGAAACGUCUGGAAGCAUAAGUGUAGUGACACAUUCUCCUUCUGAUGUAAGUGGGAAUCAAGGACAUGAUGAUUGUCACUCUCCUUUAAAUCACACCACCAAUGUUCCUGCGACUUGUGACCAUUCUCAUGUAAAUUAUGUCAAAACUCCUUUGCAUAAUAAUGUCCAUUCUCCAGCUCAGUGCACUAAAAGUCCAUUAAAUUGUGUCCACACUUCUGUAGAUUGCGACCACACAUCGGUGUCCAGUGUCCACAGUGAUGACAAUAAUUCAGACCAGAGAUCUCGUGAACCUGAUACUUGCAGUCAUUCAGUGAGUGGUCACAGUUCUGAUGUUGAUAUGGAAGGAGAAAGAGAAAACUCAGCUAGUUUUUCUCUCAAUGACCUGAGUGAUAGUUGCAGUGAAGAGAGCCAUUUAGUGAGUAAAGAGAUACUUUCAUCAAAGAAAAAAUUGACAAAUUGUGUGAAGAUAAGAAACAGCUGUGAUACAAAUAAGGAUGAAUUCGCAAAUGAUUCGAUAACAGAUUCUCCGCCUGCGUGGAGUCAUUGGAAAAACCAUGCACUCUUUUUGAGGCGGUGGAGAAAAGAAGAAAGAGAAUUGUCACCUCUUGACAGUGCUAUUGCUGCCUUGAAGCCUAGCCAGACGUCCGUGAAGGAACAGCAAGUCAAGUCUCAGAGGUUACCAUCAGGGUUUUUAAAUUUUACCAUUACCAGUUCCCAUAGAAAGGCGAAAGUGACUGAUACUCGUAAAAGCACUCUAACUGAUCUUCCAAAGUGUUUAGGCAAAGUUCAGAAUUCAAGGAAAAGAAAAAUUGAGUGUUCCAAUAAAUCCAGCUGAUUUCUUAUUUUAUGUAGUAUUUGUUUUUAUAUGUCAAAUAAUAUUAUGCAUCUUAAUCUGUUUAAACAUUUUUCAUUUAGAUGUCUUUGUGUCAUUUCCUGAUGGGGAAAUCAAGUCAUCAACUUCACGGCCUUCCUCACCCUGCAUCAAGAUUUCGGCUUCGAACAAACACUUUCCACUUUUCUCUAUCCUGGGCUUGCCAAUUGAUAUUAUUCGUCCAUGUCUUCCCACUUUUCAGUACAUUCUCUAUGACUUCCCUCAAGGUUCCUCAUGGCCUUUCCAUUGAUCUCUUUCACUGUACAACACUUUUUUUGUUAUGCAGCUGCCUGACUUCCUCAGAGUAUUUCGUAUCCAUCACCACCAACUUCUUCCCACUUCAUCUCUGACUGGGUUCUGUCUUGUUCUCCUUAACACUUCCUUGUUGGUGACCCUGUCUGUCCAUCUGAUCACGAGUAAUUUUCUCAGGUUUUUGUUCAAGAAAAUCUGGAUCCUCUUUAUAUGCAAGUCUGAGAUGCAUUACAUGUCUCACAUUCAAACGAGAGUGACUUCUCAUUUGAGUUGAAAAUCCUCAGCUAUUUUCAGAUGCCGCGGUUCUCCAAAUCCUAUUGAGAUGUGAAAGCAGCCUGUGCCUUUCUGGUGUGGGACUUGAUUUCAGCUCUCCCUCUCUGUCAGUUAUAUUUAUAAUACCGUAAGGUCGUGGGUUCGAAUCCCGUCAGGGGCCC